AUGGAUUAUUCACGGGGUACAUCUCACUCAGUCGAACGCAAUCGGCCAGACGCAGAACAGAAGCCAAUCCCCACACAACUGCCAGCCAGAGAAACCCCUAUCGCUCACAAUAAUGUGGUUCAAAACUUAAUUCGAGAUACAAUUGAAGCUGCCAAUCCACCUCUUCGACACUUGGCAUCUCAUUCAUCUCUAGGCUCUGUCAAAUCGAACCAAACGCAAAAAUCAUCAAAAUCGCAUGGCUCAGACUUACGUUCCAAUCGUGGGCCGAGAGCAUUCAUACCCUUGGCCACAAACUUCGAGAGCCAGAGGGCGGAAAAGCCAGGCUUCCAAUUGACACGAAAUACAAAAGCUUGGGAACCCAUACAUUCACCCAGAGCUUCCUCCGUACCUAUAAAUCCGCGGAACAGCUGGACAGCAAAGAGUGACUGGGGAGAGAGCGCUGGCACAAGUUCUGAGUCAAGACUAGGUACUAGAACAAUUGUGACAGGAGGAGCCGAAGAACAUAAGGGUAACACUAAUCUACUCGCUGCUGAGAUUCCGGAGGCAGUUGGGCUCGAAGGCAAUGAUUCGGCAAAUGCGACAAGGCAGCGUGGCGGCGCAGAAAUUGAGCCCGAAUACCCUGGUACAUUUGGGUUAAUUUAUUUGAUUUUUGGGAUUGCACUGAGUGUGUUUCUGAUCUCACUUGAUCGGACAAUCAUUACCACCGCAAUCCCUCUCAUCACUAAUGAGUUUGACUCAACAGCGGACGUCGGAUGGUAUGGGUCUUCAUAUCUUUUGACCGCAUCAGCAUUUCAACCACUCUACGGUAGGAUAUAUAUGCUUUUUGGAAUCAAGUGGUCAUAUUUACUCGCGCUGUUUAUAUUUGAGCUGGGGAAUCUGAUAUCUGCCGUCUCGACCAGCUCAGUAGUUCUAAUAGUUGGUCGGGCCAUCGCGGGGCUAGGAAGUGCUGGUAUCUUGACGGGGAGUUUCGUCGUCGUUAGUCACGCUGUACCUCUGAAACAAAGACCAGUUUUGACUGCCUUGGUUGGUUUAAUGUUUGGCGUAGGAGCAACAGUUGGGCCACUACUCGGCGGUGUCUUUACCGACUUAGUAACUUGGAGAUGGUGUUUCUACUUCAACCUCCCGGUUGGUGGCGCCACAGCCCUAGCUAUGAUCUUCUUCUUCCAUCCAACCGCUCGACAUGCUUUGCUGGAUAAAUCAUUUUUCUAUCGUGUCAUGGAGCUAGAUCUAGCUGGAAAUGUCAUACUUCUAGGGGCCUGUGUUAUGCUCUUCACGGCACUUCAACUUACAGAAGAUAGAGUGCCAUGGUCAAGUGCCAGGGUUAUCGGUCUGCUUGCCGGAUCGGGGAUGACAUUUAUAACAUUUAUAGGUUGGCAAUGGUGGAAAGCGGAUGGAGCAUUGAUGCCUCCACGUAUUUUGAAGCAAAGAUCCGUGGCGGCUAGUUGCGCAGCUGCGUUCUUUAUUUAUUCGGCGAUUCUGAUCCACACUUAUUAUUUACCAAUCUGGUUCCAAGCUGUCAAGAACGACAGUGCGAUACAUUCUGGAGUCAAUAUGAUACCAUAUGUUGCCGCGAAUGCUGUCUUCUCCCUUUUAGCGGGAAUUUUUGUUUCAAAGAAUGGUUAUUUUACUAUUCCAGCAGUCUUAGGUUGUGCAAUUGGUACUGUUGGAUGUGGACUAUUAAGCACAAUCAACGAGGAAACAUCAUCCGCGAAAUGGAUAGGAUUUGAGAUUUUAGCAUCAGCCGGGAUUGGAAUGGCGAUCCAACAAGGAUUUACGGCAAUCCAAAUUGUGCUCCCUCUAGAAGAGGUAGCAAUCGGUACAGCAGCGGUUGUUGCCUUUCAAUCGCUUGGUGGUGCUAUUUUUGUAUCAGUCGGCAACACCAUUUUACAAAACUCGUUGUUUGAUGCGAAUCUUCCUGGUGUGGAUAUAGAACGAGUACUGUCAGCAGGGGCAGCUCACUUCCGCGAUGUCGCGCCGACUGAGCAAAUACCAGAACUGGUGCGCAUUUAUGAUUCGGCGCUUCGAAAGGUUUUUACCGCAGCAAUUCCGAUGGCUGGCUUAGCCAUGGUGGCGUGCUUAUUUCUGGAAUUCAGAAACGUUAAAGACAAAACGAAAAGCGAGGAUGAAGAGAACAACAGAGACAAGUUUCAGCGAAGCGAGAUCGAGAAGCAAAUUUUGAAAGCACAUAGAGAAAGCAUUGCUAGCAAGCAAAGUGUAAUAUAG